AAUUGCCGAAAGGCUGGCCACAAAGCACCUGAGGGUGGACUCGCGCCCGGACCGGUUAUUCGCGCCUUGUCCUUGACGCUCAACAGUCUCAAAUGCUCUCUUCCGACCUCGAAGACAUUUUGCGCGAUGCGACGGGGAAGUUCACCCCGGAGUCCGCGCCUGCGCUCUUGUCGUCGAUUCUACAUAUUCUCUGUCGCAAGCGUUCGCGACCACUAGACCGCGACUACGUGUCAGAAGAUGCUUGCGCCACAAUGCUGGGCACCCGUCCCGAGAUCUAUACCCUAUUGAAGAAAGCAGUCGAGGACAUCGACUGCGACCUCCUAUGGAACUGCGACGCACUUCGACUUGACGAUGUGGAACUGCGCACACGCUGGGCAGGAUGUCCAUCCGACUCCAAUUUUGAAAAGCAGCUGGAAGAGUACUUACGCAUACACCGUGAUUUCAUAGCAGCCUUCGCCAAUUCCACUGAACUGCCCGCGUCAUGGGGCCCAGCGCGUACCAAGGUAGGUGCCGCGCCGUCGACGUAUAUCGACUCCUUCAUAUCCUCGCUGGGAAUCCCGGAUACGGGCGCGCGCUCUCCUACUCUGGAGCUGCACGACCUCGGCAACCUCCUCGAUGCAGAUGCCACUCGUGCACGUUUGGACAACAUAUUCGUACCGGGGAGCCACACCUUGUUCAUCAAUACAUCGGGAUCAGGAAAAACUCGGCUGGUACUGGAAGGCCUCGCACAGCACUGGGGAUUCUACAUCCCUUGCGCUUUCGAUAAUUCGUGCCUAGGCUCGAUGGACGCUGAUUUAUGCCUCUCCAACGACGUGUCUCGGAGACGAAAAUUUGUGCCAAGAGCUGGCCCCGAUUCGCCUUCGGAUCACGAAUGGAAUCGCGUGGUUACCCGCAACACCUUUGCCUGCAUUCUACUAUCGCGUCUCAUCCUCCUCAAAGCGUUCGUUCAGGAGUUGGACGAUCCAUCCUCCCCAAAGGCUCGGCAUCGUUGGCUUCUCUUCCAGGUCUUGACUACAAAAAUGGAUCGAGGGGACAUCUUCCGACAGUUGUCCACUAUGGCUGAUGAGGUUUCGAACCGGUAUGCUAGUGCAAUGAUUUCGGACAUGGUGCUUGACAUCCGGAGGCGGUGCGGUGCAGCGACGGAGAUCUUCUGCGUCCUUGAUGAGGCACAGCGGGCGGACAGCGCCUAUCGCGAUGCGUUUGGCCGGGACAGCACCGCGUUGCGCGCGAUCGCUAGCUCGUGGGAGAACCGCGAUGGAAUAACUGUCAUCUUGACCGGCACCUCGAUGGAGAUCGAGCCCUUUCGUCGUGGCGAAGGUCCCGCUUACCGCGUCUGUACUGACACGGGGACGUUCGACACACCUGAGCGUCAACGCGCCUAUGUUCUACGCUAUCUACCACCGGAGCUCGCAAAAUCGGCCGAUGGUAGAUGGCUGCUCGAACACAUAUGGCGAUGGCUUCGAGGACGGUAUCGCUUCACAGCCUCCUUUGUAUCCAGUCUUCUCAUUGCACGGUUUGAGCAGCCUCGGCUACUUCUCAACCGAUACAUCUCCUGGUUCAUGAGCAUCGAUCCGCCAUAUAUACGCAUGUCUGAACUUCGCCAGCAACUCUCGCCGGCCGCUAUCGAAGCUGCUUGUCGAUUCCAACCGUUCAAGGGGUGGUCUUUGGAUGGAGAUUGUCUAGCUUUCUUGACAUCGCUUUCGGCUCUCUUCAGGAUCCUGCUGCAAGGCGAAGACAGCAUCCGACUGCAGAAAGACUGCUUCGCCUUGGCGUCCAAUGGCGUUGCCCCCUUGAUUAAUUGCGUCGGCACAGAAGCCUCCAUACACGAACCUUGCGUCGUCCUGCCGCUGGCUCGGCUCUUCUUCGAGAGGCGAGGCAUCCUUCGUGGCUUCUUCCCAGACGAGGAAGCCUCCUACCUCUGGAACCCCCCGAUAUACGGUUAUCACCAUCUCGCGCUCGUGCCAGUACUAGCACAGGCGCUCAUGGAAAGCAAGUAUCGGUUAAGCGAGUUGUUCACUUUCAAGGGCGUUGCGCCUGCGUGGGCAGCGCAGACAGCGCGGCUCGUCCGCGUUUCGCGCGUCGGCUCUACCCAAGCGCUGCGCGCCACCGCCUAUCGGUCUUCCUUAUCGAACAUAACGCGCGACAAUGCAUGGGUCACGGACUCAACCGCGUGGCUCCAGCACGAGACGAAAUCGCCAUUUUGCCUUUCGUCUGAGUUUAGCCACGCCGACGUCCUCUUCGUCGUGCGUCUCCAUGAUGGCCGAUGCAUUUACGUCGCCCUUUCUACGUUGUUCAAGAACGACUUCGUGAAAACCACAGCCGCCGACGUCCAGGCGAGGCUCUCGAAGAUGACGUCGAGGAAGAUCUUCCAGGUGGAAUCUUCGACCUCCUCGCGUCGCCUGAGAUUCGACGACUUGCCUGCACCCGUCCGCGAAGCGGGGAACCCUCCCUUGCUGCGCCUCCUCGCGACCUAUCCGCACGAAACAAACGUCAUUGAGCUGGCUGGCACAACUAAAGAGCUCGUCGCUGUCGUCAACAUGACCAUCCUUCGCGAGUACGCGGAGGCAUACACCAUCGACGACAUCGUCCACCGGCUGACAACUGUCAUGAGCGCGCCGCGCCCCGUCAACGCACACAAGCGCAAGCGGGCGGAUACCCCGAACUUGGAUGAUGAUGCGGAUGCGCGAGUCCAUCGUACGCGAUCUGUGACCAAGAGAACGUGCAAGGUGCAAGAAACUCAUGCUCAACUGAGGGCAAGACGACUGAAGGAAUGAGAGACUGCGCCAAAAACGUCACCGGCGCCGCCUACGAGGGAAGGGCCGACACUGCCGAGACGUUGUUUGAGGAGCGGCGCAAGUCGUCGUUGAUCCUCAUAAAGAACAUCAUCGUGAAUCGUUGUUGUAUCUGACCUGGAAGGCGCCUCUUACUGUAGCACGUAGCUGCUCUCAUGACUAUGUCC